GGGGUUCUGGCGGCUUGUAGUGCAAUGCAGGUUGACUACAAACAGCUUGAGGUAUGGCUCCACGGGAAGCUUAAACCCCUGUGUGUUGCUGAUCCAAUUCCACUUUCUCAGUAUGUAAUAGCCCUGAUAAAAAAGGACAAAGGCGAACAGGAACUAAGAGAAAUAUGUAUUGACCAAUUGGAAGUAUUCUUGCAAGAAAAUACGGCAAAGUUCGUGGAGGAUUUGUUUGCUGUACUUAAAUCAAGAACAUAUGUUGCGUGUGAAACAUUAAAACAAACUCAGUCUUCGGACAACUCUUACCCAAAGGAUUCUUCUGGAAAAAACCCUUGCGGAAAUACUUUUGAUAAUGUACCAAAGGACAGGAAAAGACAUUUGACAAACAAUAACACUAACGUUCCAAAUGCCACGGACGCUUGUGCUCCCAAGCAGAAACGAAAACGCUCACCGGAGAAUAAAGCAAAAAGAAUUUCGUCAGAUAGUCGUUCACGCAGUCCCCAUUCCCCAGGAAAACCAAUAAAUAAUGCAAGUACAACUAGCAGGCAACAUGGGAAAGAACUUGAACCACAUGUAGAUUCCUGCAGUCGUGGACGUCAUAAUAACCACUCAGAAGAACCCAGCUUAAAAACAGUGGAUGGUCAUAUCAGACGCAAUUCAUCAGGUAGUUCAAAUGAAGAAGUAACCCAUUCAAAUACAAUUUCAUCGCGUCGGAAUAAGUAUAAUGAUUCAGAAUCACAUAAGUAUAACAGUCGUGAACGUAUCCACUCACGGCACAAAGAUGAGCAUAGCAAUCGUUCGUGUAAAUCUUUUGCGAAGUCUGUCACCGAUUACAGAGUAGUUGAUGAAAAGUGUCGAGCUGUAAGGAACCGUCGCUGUCGUGAUUUUGAAGAGCGUGGUUUUUGUGUAUAUGGAGACAGAUGUCAGUAUGACCACGGCCCCAAUGCUUUGGUAAUUUCGUCUGCUAAAUCUGCUGUGUCCGCCAUCGCUCAUCUCACAAACCCUCUGUUAGAUACUAAUCCACUCUCAAAUAGUACUGGGGAUUUACCAAUGAAUAUUGGAAAAGAGGCAUCAAAAUCUAGUACACUUCAGCCUCAAUCUUUUGUAGCAGCUGUUCUAUCUGGACCUACUGAACUUAACGAUUUAAAUCAACAUAUUGGUACUCCUCUUAUUCCUGUUUAUCACCCGACUCCAAUUAAUCAUCCAGAUAAUCAAAUGUUAAUGACCUGUUGCAUUGAUCAGUCAUCGGAUACUGGAUUACUUCCUCAGGUUUCUAACCCUUCUGUUUUGUAUAGUAAAUCCAAUUGGAAGCAUCCCCGUUUGCAGAAUAACAUGCAACAACGUUCUAAUAAUUUUCGCAUAUUUAACAAUGUCAACACUAUUAGCCGAAAUAUAGUUCCUUUGCCAAUGAUUCAAAAUACUAACAAUAAAGAUCAAACCGAAAUUAAUCCAGCUCCACCUGCCUAUGAACCAGAUCGACCACAUUUGUCCAUGAUUUCGACAUCCGAGUCUAAUAUUCUACAGUCUUGCGAUACUUCAGAUGUAGAACAUAAUGCCUCUACCCCACCAUUAUCAUAUAAACCCAGUCCUAUCACUGAACAAAUCAGUUCAUAUGCUGUAGUCCCAAAAACAUCAGGAGUCACAGAUCUUUCUUUGGAUAUCACUUCUCGAACUGUUGAUCCUCGUACUACUCUGUAUAUCGAUCGUCUUCCUUGGAAACUUAAUGAUGCGGAUAAAAUUCGUGAGCAUUUUGCUCAAUUUGGUCAUGUAAUAAACGUCAUUGCUAGAUACAAGGGCAUGGUAGGGUCCGCAGUGGUUGAGUUUUCUUCAUCAGAUGAAGCUGAGAAAGCCUAUCGAAGCCCCAUUCCUAUGUUUUCAAAUAGAUUUAUUCGAAUUUACACUCGUUUUCCAGAAAACUUCAAACACAAUGCUCGAACUAUGACUAGUCGUUUCCCUCGUCCCAAGAGUAUACUGGAUCGUUUAGGAACACGACCUGUUCCUGGAAAUAACAAGAUUAAUUCAUAUUCAUGGAUGAGUAUGACUAAUGACUGUAUAGAAAAUCAACACGUUCCUGGCAGCAUUCUUCCUGAUGAUACCAUCCAAAGGGGUAAUAGAUCUCGUUGGCGUUUAGAACGUAAUCCAACCAGUGGAGAUGCCUUAUUAUCUGGUGAUGAAGAAGACGAUUUAAUUGACGAAAAUCCGACCAUAGAUAGUCAUGAACAAAAUUCUGCCACUUUCAUCAAAGAACAUAGUAAAGCUUUUAAUCAAAGAAUUGAUAAAGUAGUAGAUAAUUAUGUUGAUCUUCAUGCCGAUCAAGAGUCAUUAUUAUUUACUCGUAAUCCUGAUACAGCAAGGCAAUUCAAGAAUAGUAAUAAUAUAACUGUUACGUCAAGUCCUUAUACUUUGUCGCAUAAACAAGAGGCUGAGGCAAUUCUUUGGGAGCGUCGUAAGAUGGCUGCAUUGAGACAACGUAAAGAACAACUUAUGCUUUUAGAUAAGGUACUUUUCUUACGUCAAGCUAAAAUAGAAUUUAAUCAUAUAUUUAUAUCUGAUUAUAUUUCAUUUUAAUAAUUUAAUUUCAGUGCGAUUUGUCUCUAUGUGAUAUACCUGGUUAUUUGAUAAAAGUCAACUAUUUACUUGAAUGUAGAGUUUAUUUCGUCAAAUAUCCCGCAUGUGGGAUCGUGGAUGCUCACUAUUGAUGUGUCCCAUCGUGGGACGACAAAACGACUGUCCAAUACUUCCAGGUUUUUGUCGGUGGUCUAGCUUAGAUCGACUCGUGAUUCCAACUGUGAAAAUAUCCUUUUAUCACUUAAUUUCAUUUUAAAAUGUCCAUGUUUUAUUUCUCUAGUCUCGUGAAGCCCGAGAAUCAGUGAUUGAGGCUCGAAAACAACGAAUUACUAAACUGAAGUUGCUUCUUGAAAAAGUGAUGAGUCAGUUGGAAAAUAAUCGUACUAGCGAAACAGACAAUUGUACAGAUUCGAAACCACUGACAUUGGAUGAAAGACGGAAAUUACUUACUGAAGCCAAACGGCUACAAACUGAGCUUGAAUCGACUUUGGAAGCUGAGAAGAAAGAUUUGGAUAUCCGAAGUUUAAACCGAGAAUCAAACAGCAAAAAAAUGUUCAUUUCAAAACCAUUAGGAAGCACAACAAUUAGUGCGGCCGCAUUACAAGCUUUACCGAGUCCAAUUCGAUUGGAAAGACAAAAACAAAUUUCUGAAGUAUGUUUACAUAAUUUAAAUUCGUUCAUGCAGUUAUUUUUUUAAAUAAUUCCAAUGAUAAUGGUAAACUUUGUCCAUUUUUAUGAAUUACUUUUCUUGCCAACUUAACAAAUAAUUAACAAUUGCGAUUACCAUAAAAAGUCAUCAAUGUACAUUUGAGUAUUUCCUUAGUGUUUUAGUUAUUAUUUAUCAUAUAUUAAUUCAUCGCUGCUUAUAUUUUACAUAUUAGAUUCAAAUCGAAAUCGAUAAAUUGGAAGCAAACCUACGUGAUGCAACUCAAGAUGAGGUUAAAUUAAAAGAAGGUCGUCGAAGGAUCGUAGAACUUAAACGCCAGCUUGUCGACUUGGAGACAGUCCGGCCAUCAGAUAUGUUUUUGUCUCAAAACACAAGCUGUUGUGCUCCCGGCGACAAUUCCGCAUACCCAAACAGAACUCAAACCAAACUUGAUAAGCGACCUCGAACUUUGUAUAUUACUGGCAUCGAACCAGAUGAUGUAGAAAACUUUCAAAAUGCCCUCUCACUAAAUUACCUGCAUACACAAUGCUGUACAAAACAAACUAACCCUGAGACUAAUCAGUUAGUACUGGAAGUUACGUUUUGCACUCGUGAUUUCGCCGAGGCAGCUAUUCGUCUGUUUACCCAGUUUCAUGGACGUGACUUACAAAUGAGUUUUGUGUAUCCAGCACUGUCCGAAACCAAAUCUGGAAAUUUUACUGAUAAUGAUGUAAAAAAUGUAAGUUCGGUUUUAGAUUGUACUUUCUUCAUUUAUAACCAUUUAAUCACAAAUUGCGUAGAUUCUUCAAUUUUUUUUUUACUUAUUUGUGUAUUUUGACUUGCCUUAUCUCGAUUCUGCGUCAUUUAAUUCAUAAUGGUUUAACGUAUAUCUCUAUCAUUUUUAACAACUAUUAGGAAGACGAUUUGGGAGGUUCCAUCUAGAAAGUUAAGUAGGUAAUAUUUUGUCACGUUUAGUAUUUCGUGACGUUUGUCAUUCCAUUAUCAUUAUAAUGGUCAUUUAAUCUAUAUUUUCCAUAUUAUUAUGAAAAAUGCUUGUAGAGUAUGUAAUUUCACUUAUUUCUUAGUUGUGUGUAAAUCAAACCAUUUUCUUCAGUCGAAUUCCGUUCGUAUCUUUUUAUUUUUACAACUCCAAAGGUGAUUUCGUUGUUUAUCCUCGAUAAUUAAAUAUAUUUUAAAAUAAGUGUCCUUCAGAGUGUUUUGUAAUAGGGUCUUAAGGUUGUCAUACUAUUUUUCGUGGUACGGUGUGUUUUAAUUUGAACAUUUCAUUUAACAAAUCGACCGAUUCGCAUUACUUACCUAUGUUCCUCAUUAUUAGGUUUCGUCCACACAAACUGAAACUUCAGACCAAUUACAAGCUAUCACAUCUUCAGAGUCUUUGGAUUAUUCUGCUCAUUCCAGCCCUACAUCUACUACUGCUCUGAAUACCAUGUCCUUAUGACUGACAUCCAGUUCCCUAUCCGAAUAUCGCUAGUGAUUUGUGUAGAAAGAAAUAACGUCCCUCAUGCGAUAUCUUCCGACAAUAACGUUUUCCUUGAGAAAAAUAUAUUUUAUUUAAACCUUUUCUACUUCAAAAGUUUUUUCAUCGUUUGGCUAUGUACACACUGUUUCUUAGUAAUGAGUUGAGUAUCAACUGACCUUAAUUUCUAUGAAAGUGAUAUAGUAGAUUCUAUCAAUAAACCCACUAUUCUCCUUUUGCAUUUUAUCUUAAAGAUACUUCGGUACUAUAUAGAGAGAAGAGA